GUCAUGGCGGAGGGAGCCUGAGAAGAGCGCGAGCUCGAGGCUGCGCCGCGGUCCGCCUCUCAUCGGGAGAAAUCGGUGCCGGGAGAAGGACGCUCUCGCCUCCUUCCCUUCGCACUCGAGCUGCCGUGUUUCCGUGUGUGUGCGCUUAUGCGCGUACGGCAGGACGCUGUGGAUUUUAUUGAAAGGGAGGAUUUUUUUCUCCGCAUCAUCACUAUUCCAGAAAAUUCUUGGUUUUUCUGCUUGAUGCUUUUCGCACGACGGUCGGCGGCGAUACUCAGCAGCAGCAGCAGCAGCAGGUGAAUCCGCGGCCGCUCCUCCUUCACGUUCGGGUGGAAAUGUCGGGCGAGAAACUGGUGUCGGUGCCGCCGGUGCCGCCGGUGCCGGUGCCGGGUUCGGUCUCGCUCACGGACCGGGAAACGCUUGCGGGACACGGGCAGCAGCAGCAGCAGCAGCAAGCGGCCACAGGCUCCGCGGCCGCGGACGUGAUGGUGUCGGGCUCGGGCUCUGUGGUUCUGCCGGCCGGGGUGAUCAACCCGUCGGUUCCGAUCCGGAAUAUCAAGAUGAAAUUCGCGGUGCUCAUCGGGCUCAUCCAGGUGGGAGAGGUCAGCAACAGAGACAUCGUGGAGACGGUCCUCAACCUGCUGGUGGGCGGCGAGUUCGACCUGGAGACCAACUUCAUCAUCCAGGAUGCAGAAAGUAUUGGCUGCAUGGUGGAGCUGCUGGAGCACUGCGACCUGCCCUGCCAGGCUGAGAUGUGGAGCAUGUUCACAGCUAUCCUGCGCAAGAGUGUGCGCAACCUACAGACCAGCACCGAAGUGGGCCUCAUCCAGCAGGUGCUGCAGAAGAUGAGCUCUGUUGAUGACAUGAUUGCAGACCUGCUGGUGGACAUGCUGGGAGUUCUAGCCAGCUACAGCAUCACAGUGAAGGAGCUCAAGCUGCUCUUCAGCAUGCUACGGGGAGAAAAUGGCAUUUGGCCAAGACAUGCCAUUAAGUUACUUUCAGUGCUGAAUCAGAUGCCCCAUAGACAUGGUCCUGACACCUUCUUCAACUUCCCAGGACGCAGUGCAGCAGCCAUUGCAUUACCUCCCAUUGCAAAGUGGCCUUAUCAGAACGGUUUCACUCUCAACACCUGGUUCCGCAUGGACCCCUUGAAUAACAUCAAUGUGGACAAGGACAAACCUUACCUUUACUGUUUCCGCACCAGCAAAGGAGUCGGCUACUCGGCGCAUUUCGUCGGCAACUGUUUGAUAGUGACAUCUCUGAAGUCCAAGGGCAAAGGUUUCCAGCACUGUGUGAAAUACGACUUCCAGCCCCGGAAGUGGUACAUGAUCAGCAUCGUUCACAUAUACAAUCGCUGGAGGAACAGUGAGAUCCGCUGCUACGUCAACGGUCAGCUGGUUUCCUAUGGCGAUAUGGCCUGGCAUGUCAAUACCAACGAUAGUUAUGACAAAUGCUUUCUGGGCUCGUCGGAGACGGCAGAUGCCAACCGGGUAUUCUGCGGACAGCUGGGAGCCAUCUACGUGUUCAGCGAAGCUCUCAACCCUGCCCAGAUCUUCGCCAUCCACCAGUUGGGGCCUGGGUACAAGAGCACGUUUAAGUUCAAGUCGGAGAGCGACAUCCAUCUGGCCGAGCACCACAAGCAGGUGCUUUACGACGGAAAGCUGGCUAGCAGCAUCUCCUUCACCUACAAUGCCAAGGCCACUGAUGCCCAGCUCUGCCUGGAGUCCUCGCCCAAGGAGAACCCCUCCAUCUUUGUGCACUCGCCCCACGCUCUCAUGCUGCAGGAUGUGAAGGCUAUCGUGACCCACUCCAUCCACAGCGCCAUCCACUCCAUUGGUGGCAUCCAGGUGCUCUUCCCACUCUUUGCACAGCUGGACUUCCGCCAGCAGAAUGACAGCCAGGUGGAGACCACCGUGUGCGCUACGCUGCUCGCCUUCUUGGUGGAGCUGCUGAAGAGCUCGGUGGCCAUGCAGGAGCAGAUGCUGGGCGGAAAGGGCUUCCUGGUGAUCGGCUACCUCCUGGAGAAGUCUUCAAGGGUCCACAUCACCCGGGCUGUUCUGGAGCAGUUCUUGUCCUUCGCCAAGUACCUGGAUGGCCUGACCCAUGGGGCACCUCUGCUCAAGCAGCUGUGUGACCACAUCCUGUUCAAUGCAGCCAUCUGGAUCCAUACGCCGGCCAAGGUCCAGCUCUCCCUGUACACCUACCUCUCAGCGGAGUUCAUUGGCACGGCGACCAUCUACUCCACCAUCCGGCGUGUGGGCACUGUGCUGCAGCUUAUGCACACCCUCAAGUACUACUACUGGGCUGUCAACCCCCAGGAGAGCAGUGGCAUCAUGCCCAAGGGGCUGGAUGGGCCUCGGCCUUCCCAGAAGGAGAUCAUAUCGUUGCGAGCUUUCAUGCUGCUGUUCCUCAAACAGCUCAUCCUGAAGGAUCGUGGUGUGAAAGAGGACGAGCUGCAGAGCAUACUGAACUAUCUGUUGACCAUGCACGAGGAUGAGAAUAUCCAUGAUGUUCUCCAGCUCCUUGUGGCGCUCAUGUCUGAGCAUCCCGCCUCCAUGAUCCCCGCCUUUGACCAGAGGAACGGAAUACGGGUCAUCUACAAGCUGCUGGCCUCCAAGAGCGAGAGCAUUCGGGUGCAGGCGCUCAAAGUCCUGGGGUACUUUCUCAAGCACCUGGGCCACAAGAGGAAGGUGGAGAUCAUGCAUACCCACAGCCUAUUCACGCUGCUGGGUGAGAGACUGAUGAUGCACACCAACACAGUGACUGUAACAACGUACAACACCCUCUACGAGAUCCUCACAGAGCAGGUGUGCACCCAGGUGGUCCACAAGCCACACCCGGAGCCAGACUCCACAGUGAAGAUCCAGAACCCAAUGAUCCUGAAGGUGGUGGCCACCCUAUUGAAGAACUCCACCCCCAGCGCGGAGCUCAUGGAGGUCCGACGUCUCUUCCUGUCUGACAUGAUCAAGCUGUUCAGCAACAGCCGAGAGAACCGGCGCUGCCUCCUCCAGUGCUCUGUGUGGCAGGACUGGAUGUUCUCCCUGGGCUACAUCAACCCCAAAAACCCUGAGGAGCAGAAGAUCACCGAGAUGGUGUACAACAUCUUCCGCAUCCUGCUCUACCACGCCAUCAAAUACGAGUGGGGCGGCUGGCGCGUCUGGGUGGACACGCUGUCCAUUGCGCACUCCAAGGUUACUUACGAGGCCCACAAGGAGUACCUGGCGAAGAUGUAUGAAGAGUAUCAGCGGCAAGAGGAGGAGAAUAUCAAGAAGGGAAAGAAGGGCUCUGUAAGCACCAUCUCGGGGCUCUCUGCCCAGGCUCCCGCUGUCAAUGGCGGCAUCGAGAUACGCGAGAUUGACGACGGCUCGCAGACGCAAACUCCCGAGAGCGAAGCGGACUAUCCCGAGAGCGGCGACUCCCGGAACCUGCUGGCAGAGGGCAAGGGGCCGGGUGGGGUGACGGGUGGCGUGGAGCAGGCCGCCGGUGUUGCCGUGGGCGGGGUGCGUGUGGAAGUGCACGACCUCCUGGUGGACAUCAAGGCGGAGAAAGUGGAGGCCACAGAGGUGAAGCUGGAUGACCUGGAUCUGUCCCCGGAGGCUAUGACAGGGAGCGGGUCGGCGGAGAACGGGGCGCUGUCGGGCGUGGACUCGCUCCUGGACAGCGUGUACUGCGCCGCUGUCGGUCAGCUGGCACCCGAGCGAAGGGCGGAGGAUGGGGAUGACUCCGGACCGCUCAUCACCCUGGCCGAUGAGAAGGACAGCAUCCCGAGCGGCAACGGCUUCUUGUUCGGCCGAGUGUCUGGCAGUUCUGACGGGAAGCUUCUGCCCGACCUCGCUUCAGCUGAGCCCUUAGUCCAUACGGGUAGCGCCAGCGAUGAUUUAAGCCUGCUGGCCCACAUGACUACGGCCGAUUCAGAUGUCAUCUCUCCCUCUGCGAUAACUCCCGGGCUCUCGGAGGAUGGGGAGUUCAAGCUGCAGGCGGCCCUGGCAGAUAUAAGUGCCAUUGCAGAGGCUGAAGGAGCCACUAGGGGAUCCGAUCGUGUUGAGCUGGGGACGGACGGGGACGCUUCAUCCUCCAGGAAGGAAGGUGGAACGGACGCUGCGAGCACGACCUCUGACACUGAGCGGUCCGACGACGGAAAGGAUAAGGAGAUGAAGAAAAUCCAGACGACGACGACGACGCAGGCCCUGCACGGACGGACGGCCGGCCACAUGGAGCGCGACCUGCGCGUGGAUCUGGGCUUCCGAGGGAUGCCCAUGACGGAGGAGCAGCGGCGGCAGUUCAGCCCGGGCCCGCGGACCACCAUGUUCCGCAUCCCCGAGUUCAAGUGGUCGCCCAUGCACCAGCGGCUGCUCACCGACCUACUGUUUGCCCUCGAGACGGACGUGCACGUGUGGCGGAGCCAUUCGACGAAAUCCGUCAUGGACUUCGUGAACAGCAACGAAAACAUCAUCUUUGUGCACAACACCAUCCACCUCAUUUCGCAGAUGGUAGACAACAUCAUCAUCGCGUGCGGAGGGAUCCUGCCGCUGCUCUCGGCUGCCACGUCCCCUUCUAGUUCAAAGACGGAGCUGGAGAACAUCGAGGCGACGCAGGGCAUGUCCCCCGAAACGGCCGUCACGUUCCUGAGCCGCCUGAUGGCCAUGGUGGAUGUGCUGGUGUUCGCCAGCUCCCUUAACUUCAGCGAGAUCGAGGCCGAGAAGAACAUGUCGUCCGGGGGCCUGAUGCGCCAGUGCCUGAGACUGGUAUGUUGCGUGGCAGUCCGAAACUGCCUGGAGUGCAGGCAGAGGCAGCGGGACCGCGCUGCCAAGACCCCUCUCUCCAACAACAAGGUCCAGGACAGCCUCAGUGGAACCACAGCCAGCAAGACUGCCAUAGAGAAUGUCCCCAGUAACCUUUCUCCCAUCAAGGACCCCGACAGACUUCUGCAGGACGUGGAUAUCAACCGGCUUCGGGCCGUUGUCUUCCGUGAUGUGGACGACAGCAAGCAGGCCCAGUUCCUGGCCUUGGCCGUGGUGUACUUUAUCUCUGUCCUCAUGGUGUCCAAGUACCGGGACAUCCUUGAGCCCCAGCGGGAGAUUGCCAGAUCGAGCAGCCUACCGGGGCGCAGCAUCCGUCAGGAGAUCAACUCGCCCACCAGCACAGAGAACCCGUCGGCCCUGCCGGAGGUCGGCAAAGAGAAGGACGCUCCCACGCCAGCAGAGGACUUCCCGCUGGAGGGCUCGCUUCCGCACACGGACUCGGGCAUCGGCGAGGAACAGGUUUCCGCCGUCCUGAACGGCUCUGAUGCGGAGCAGAGCGUGACACCCGUGGCUGCGUUGGCUGUUGGGGCAGGAGGCCCAGAUGCCAUGAGCGAGCUGCUGGGAACGCUGUCCUCGGAGGUGCACAAGUCCCGCGAGAGCCUGUCGGAGUCGCCCGCCGCCUCUGCGCCCGCUGCCACCGUGGUUGCGGUUGAAGCGCUCAAAUCCGCCUCCUCCAUCUCCAGCAUCUCCCAGGGAAACAAGGGCAUCAACGUGAAGGAGAUCCUUAAGAGUCUGGUGGCAGCCCCCGUGGAGGGCCCCGAAGCUGGUCCCGAACCCCUGCCGUACCCGGACCCAGCCGUCAAGAGAGAGGCUCAGGCCACCCUGCCCAUGCAGUUCCACUCCUUCGACAGGAGUGUCGUGGUGCCGGUGAAGAAACCGCCACCGGGAAGUCUUGCCGUGAACACCGUGGGCACGCCCACCACCGGUGGCGCCGUAGCCUCCGGAAGCACCCCGAACAUCUUUGCGGCGGCCACAGCCACUCCCAAGAGCAUGAUCAACACAACAGGUGCCACGGACUCCGCCUCGUCGUCUUCGUCCUCAUCCUCCAGUUUCGUCAACGGUGCCACUAGCAAGAACCUGCCGGCUGUGCAGACGGUGGCACCCAUGCCUGAAGACACGGUGGAGAACAUGAGUGCCUUUUGUGAGGUGGACCAGUGUCCACUCAGACCGGGGCUGACACCACCAGAGCUCAAAUCCUUUAGCUCCCUGGCAGGAAUCCAGACAGCCCCCAGAGGUGCAGGACAGUGUCUUAGCAUCACCACAAAGCUGGAGCGAGCCCUGGAGAAAGUAGCCCCGCUGCUGAGGGAGAUCUUUGUGGAUUUCGCUCCCUUCCUGUCCCGCACCCUGCUAGGUAGCCAUGGACAGGAGCUGCUCAUAGAAGGUACAGGCCUGGUGUGUAUGAAGUCCAGCACUUCUGUGGUGGAGCUGGUCAUGCUGCUGUGCUCGCAGGAAUGGCAGAACUCCAUCCAAAAGAAUGCAGGCUUGGCCUUCAUCGAGCUCAUCAAUGAGGGACGGCUGCUGUGCCAUGCCAUGAAGGACCACAUAGUGCGGGUGGCCAAUGAGGCAGAGUUCAUCCUCAAUCGACAACGUGCGGAAGAUGUCCAUAAGCAUGCUGAGUUCGAGUCCAACUGUGCCCAGUAUGCUGCAGACAGGAAGGAGGAAGAGAAGAUGUGUGAUCAUCUGAUCAGUGCUGCCAAGCACCGAGAUCACGUGACAGCCAAUCAGCUCAAACAGAAGAUCCUCAACAUCCUAACCAACAAGCAUGGGGCUUGGGGCACCUUGUCGCAAUGCCAGCUCCAUGACUUCUGGCGCCUGGACUACUGGGAGGAUGACCUGCGGCGUAGGCGGCGGUUUGUCCGGAACGCCUUUGGCUCCACCCACGCUGAUGCCACACUCAAGGCCUUGGAGGACUACAGUACCGAGGAGGAUGAUGUGGUCCGAUCCAGGAAGGGUUUCCGCAGCCAGGCAGUUGUCAACCAGAACCCCGAGACGGAGCUGAUGCUGGAAGGAGACGACGAUGCGGUCAGCCUGCUGCAAGAGAAGGAGAUUGACAAUCUGGCAGGCCCCGUGGUUCUGAGCACACCGGCCCAGCUCGUGGCUCCGGUCGUGGUGGCUCGAGGCACCCUCUCCAUCACCACCACCGAGAUCUACUUCGAGGUGGAAGAAGACGACCCCGCUUUCAAGAAGAUCGACGCAAAAGUGCUGGCUUAUACCGAAGGGCUGCAUGGGAAAUGGAUGUUCAGCGAGAUUCGAGCGGUCUUCUCCAGACGAUACCUGCUCCAGAACACAGGACUGGAAGUCUUCAUGGCCAACAGAACUUCCGUCAUGUUCAACUUUCCUGACCAGGCUACGGUCAAGAAGGUGGUCUACAGUUUACCGCGCGUGGGUGUUGGCACCAGCUAUGGCCUGCCGCAAGCAAGACGCAUCUCGCUAGCCACCCCCCGACAGCUCUUCAAGUCCUCCAACAUGACCCAGCGCUGGCAGAGGCGGGAAAUCUCAAACUUUGAGUACCUCAUGUUCCUCAACACCAUCGCGGGAAGGACCUAUAAUGACCUGAACCAGUACCCUGUCUUUCCCUGGGUGCUCACCAACUACGAGUCUGAGGAGCUGGACCUCACCUUGCCCGGCAACUUCAGGGACCUGUCAAAGCCCAUCGGAGCCCUGAAUCCCAAGCGUGCCGUGUUUUAUGCCGAGCGCUACGAGACGUGGGAGGAUGAACAGACGCCCCCGUACCACUACAACACGCUCUACUCGACUGCCACCACCACGCUGCUCUGGCUCGUCAGGAUAGAGCCCUUCACCACCUUCUUCCUCAACGCCAACGACAACAAGUUUGAUCACCCUGACCGCACCUUUUCCUCCAUCUCUCGCUCGUGGAGGAACUGCCAGCGCGACACCUCGGAUGUCAAGGAGCUCAUCCCAGAGUUCUACUACCUCCCAGAGAUGUUUGUGAACAGCAGCGGAUACAACUUGGGGCAGAGGGAAGACAGGACGCUGGUGUGUGAUGUGGACCUGCCCCCCUGGGCCAAGAAACCGGAAGACUUUGUGCGCAUUAACAGGAUGGCCCUGGAAAGCGAGUUUGUGUCCUGCCAGCUCCAUCAGUGGAUCGACCUGAUUUUUGGCUACAAGCAGCGGGGCCCCGAGGCUGUGCGCGCCCUCAACGUCUUCCACUACCUGACCUACGAGGGCUCUGUCAACUUGGACAGCGUUACUGACCCUCUGAUGAGAGAGGCGAUGGAGACGCAGAUUCAGACCUUUGGCCAGACGCCUUCCCAGCUCCUCAUCGAGCCCCACCCCCCUCGGAGCUCCGCCAUGCACUUGUGUUUCCUUCCACAGAGUCCACUCAUGUUCAAGGACCAGAUGCAGCAGGAUGUCAUUAUGGUGCUCAAGUUCCCGUCUAACUCUCCCGUCACUCACGUGGCGGCCAACACUCUGCCCCACCUCAGCGUCCCCGCCGUCGUCACUGUCACCUGCAGCCGCCUCUUCGCUGUCAACCGCUGGCACAACACUGUGGGCCUCAGGGGUGCACCAGGAUACUCCCUAGAACAGGCCCACCACCUGCCCAUCGAAAUGGACCCUCUCAUUGCCAAUAACUCUGGGGUGAACAAGAGGCAGAUCACGGACCUGGUGGACCAGAGCAUCCAGAUCAACACGCACUGCUUCGUGGUGACGGCCGAUAACCGCUACAUCCUGGUGUGUGGAUUCUGGGACAAGAGCUUCCGUGUCUAUUCCACGGAGACAGGCAAGCUGACGCAGAUUGUGUUUGGCCACUGGGAUGUGGUGACGUGCCUGGCUCGGUCCGAGUCCUACAUCGGGGGCGACUGCUACAUCGUCUCCGGUUCCCGGGACGCCACCCUGCUGCUGUGGUACUGGAGUGGACGGCACCACAUUAUCGGAGACAAUCCCAACAACAGCGACUACCCUGCACCGAGGGCAGUCUUGACGGGUCACGAUCACGAAGUGGUCUGCGUGUCGGUUUGUGCCGAGCUGGGAUUGGUCAUAAGCGGGGCCAAAGAGGGGCCCUGCCUGGUUCACACCAUUACAGGAGACCUGCUGCGAGCUCUGGAGGGUCCCGAGCACUGUCAUCGGCCCCGGCUCAUCUCCGUGUCCAGCGAGGGCCACUGCAUCAUCUACUACGAGCGAGGCCGCUUCUGCAACUUCAGCAUCAACGGCAAGCUGCUCGCCCAGAUGGAGGUCAACGACUCCACCCGGGCCAUCCUCCUGAGCAGCGAUGGACAGAACCUGGUGACGGGCGGGGACAACGGUGUCGUCGAGGUGUGGCAGGCCUGCGACUUCAAGCAGCUCUACAUCUACCCCGGCUGCGAUGCGGGCAUCCGCGCCAUGGACUUGUCGCACGAUCAAAGGACUCUGAUCACGGGCAUGGCGUCCGGGAGCAUUGUGGCGUUUAACAUCGAUUUCAACCGGUGGCACUACGAGCACCAGAACCGGUACUGACGGAGGAGGGAGACCCAGCCACCGCAGGUGUGCCGAGCCGCGCCCCCAGCUGUCCCGAACCCGCCCCUCCCUCAGUCCUGGGGGCCGCACCUGGCGGGGAGUGGAGCCGCAGGCGACCGCGAAUGAAAGCGACACCAGGCGAGGGAGGAGUCAUUGUGAGAAUCACAGAUAUACACACAUACAAAAAUAAUAAGAAUCAUAUUUCAAAAGAGGCGUGACUAAGCCUUGGGCACCACUGUAGACUCCCUGGUGAACUUCCUGUACCGCCUGGCAAUAGCAUCCUAGCCAACACACACGUGUCUGAUUUUUUCCUGUCUCUGUGCAUUUAUUUGAUUUCCUUUCAUGCCUGUAAACCAGCUCAGUUUGCAGUACAGUACCGUGUUCGCAGAACCGAGGGGACAACCGGCGCGGUCGGCCCGUUCCCGAGUUCCUCGGGGGCUCCGAAGCGAAACGUCGCGGAGGAGAACGAUCCGUCGGCGUCGCACGCUCCGACGGCAAACGUCGCCCGCUGUUCGCGGUGCCCGACUCUGGGCGUCGGGUCCAAAUCCUCAAGGGUCCUUUGCCGCGAAGGAGGAAAAGCGAGUUCCCGACGUAAGAAGCGCUUAAUAUCCCUUCCCCGGAGAUUCCGGCUUCGUCGGCCGCCGGCUCUCGCGAGUAACGUUUUUCGGGCGGCGCCCUCCGUGGGCUGCUCCGCCGCCGGACGUCGCGCGGGCUCGCCUUUCACCGGGUCCCGGGAGGCAUUUCUCAGCCCCUCGCGGAGACGGCAAGGGCGGCGCGUACCUUCUGCGGCACGAGUCGCUUUCUUAGUCGCAGCAUAUGAUCUUGAGGAGGAAGGGCGUCCCGUUGUGGAAGUCUCUAGCGUCCCCCCUCUGGGCUGCUUUGCCCUCUUUUCACACUCGAUUUCCUUUCUAUGAAGCGGUGAGUCCCGAUGCUCAGACUGGGCAAAACGAGCAUCGGCCGCUGGGGAACAGCGGAGCGGAGCGGGGCGCCGACCGUCCUCGGUCUUUCUCCUCGCCGUCUGGUCGCCGACACGCAGGCCCUUCAGACAGGAUGCUCGUUUCCCGCGAUGCCGACAAAUGACGUAGAGAGUUAAAGAAGUAGUGGAACGCCGGACUGGCACUUUGCACUACAAAUCUGUCGUCGUUUGUUCCGUUUCCUUUCUGCUUGAGGUGCUAAGGGUUUCUAAUGGAAAAGUACAUUUACGCUGAAGUUGGAGGAAUACGCAGGUGCUGAACCGGUCGAACCGCGUUCUCAGAGUUAGGGUACCGCGAAAACUACAGCUGACGGUCGAUGAACCGCAACCCCGAGUGCGCGGCCGGUACGCCGUACGGUAUGCGGCAAGCAGUACCCUGAGCUCUCGAGCUCCCUCGCUCCGUAGCCUACGCUUUGCACACGUUGCUUGGGGUGGUCAGGGUACGAGGGGCUCCGAGGAUCCGGGGUGUUCGGUAUCUGAAUCUGUACUGUCUCCCUCCCUCCCUCCCUCCCACACAGCCCCCAACCCUCAUCUCACUCCCACAUUCAGAGCCACAUUGAAACCGUCUCUCUCUCAAGAGUUUAUUCUCACACAAAAAUGAAGCACUGCUUUGGGUGUCCGUAAUCCUGUUCCAACCACGUUUUCUUGCAAAGCUGUACAACGCGCGUGCGAGUCUGCUGUUUAAAAGAAGGAAGAAAA